AGUCAUUAUAGUGUUUCCUGCAGGUUGCAUCUUUUCAAACCGAGGACGUUUUUGGACUAUAGGCACAGGAGGAGCCAUGGGGGGCGGGCUGGUGGAGAGGUGUGGAGCUGGGAGGAUCAGGGAGCAGCUAUGACGUCACUAGAGUUUAAAGUGGGCCGCGCUUCGUCCGAAGAGAGGAGAGGGAAGAGGGGAGGAAGGAGCUGCGGUCAGCCGGUCUCACCUGCUCGGGUUUAAGUCCACAAACUACCUGCAUUCAGAGUUUCCAGGCUUCCUGAAGAUGGAGACGCAGUGACUCUUCUUGUUUUUCGCAAGUUUUCCGUGUGAAGGAUGCUGAGGAGGAUUUGACCUGUCAUCACCUCUCCCGGCGAGUGUCUGCAUCUGAGCACAGCUGCACUUCUGUCACUUUGUGCUUCCGCAGCGCAUCAGCAUUCAUAAAGAAACACCCAGGGACCACAGGCUGGAAGAUUAGAAGGAUGGGGUCACCAGUUGCCCCGCUGGCUUGGCUCCUCAUUCUAGGCUUCACCACGAACACCUUCAGCCUCAACCCCGACGACCCCAACGUCUGCAGCCACUGGGAGAGUUAUGCCGUCACCAUCCAGGAGUCUUACGCUCAUCCUUUUGACCAGAUCUACUACACCAGAUGCACAGACAUCCUCAACUGGUUCAAAUGCACAAGACACAGGAUCAGCUAUAAGACAGCUUACCGACGGGGAGUGAGGACCAUGUAUCGGCGCCGCUCGCAGUGUUGCCCUGGUUACUUUGAGAGCGGAGACUUGUGUGUUCCACUGUGCACUGAGGAGUGCGUCCACGGCCGCUGCGUGUCGCCUGAUUCAUGCCAGUGUGAGCCCGGAUGGGGAGGAUUGGACUGCUCCAGUGCAAGCACAGCCAAUGGAACAGGCUGUGAGAAUGACUUCUGGGGACCUCACUGCAGUAACCGGUGCCAGUGCCAAAACGGGGCCAAGUGUAACCCCAUCACAGGUGCCUGCGUUUGCACAGAUGGGUAUCAGGGAUGGCGCUGCGAGGAGCCCUGUGAGCACGGCUACUACGGCAAGGGGUGUCAGCUACCCUGCCAGUGUCUCAACGGGGCCACUUGCAACCACGAGACCGGGGAGUGUAUCUGCCCGCCGGGGUACACCGGAGCCUUCUGUGGAGAGCGCUGCCCCUUCGGCAGUCACGGGUCUCAGUGUGAACAGCGGUGCCCCUGUCAGAAUGGAGGAACAUGCCACCACAUCACCGGAGACUGCUCCUGCCCCUCCGGCUGGACGGGUUCUGUGUGUGCCCAGCCCUGCCCAUUGGGCAAGUAUGGGGUAAACUGCAGCAAAGACUGCUCUUGUCGCAAUGGCGGACUGUGUGAUCACGUGACGGGGCAGUGCCGGUGUGCAGCUGGCUUCAGUGGACGACGAUGCCAAGAGGACUGUCCUGUGGGGACGUACGGCCCACAAUGCAAGCAGAAGUGCGAGUGCCAGAAUAAUGCAAAGUGUCACCACAUCACCGGAGCCUGUUUGUGUGAAACCGGCUUUAAAGGCCCCAAUUGCCAAGAACGGUUCUGUCCUCCGGGCUUGUACGGCUUCAUAUGUGACAAGUACUGCCCCUGUAACACCAGCAACACUGUGAGCUGCCAUCCACUUUCUGGUGAAUGCACUUGCUCUGCAGGAUGGACAGGGCUUUACUGUAAUGAGACCUGCUCACCUGGAUACUAUGGAGAGGGCUGCAUGCUCUCCUGCAGCUGUGCCAACCGAGCUGAUUGUCAUCCUGUCACAGGAGUCUGCAUCUGUGCCCCUGGCUUCAUGGGGGAGGACUGUGCUACAGUGUGCCCCCCCGGUCUGUUUGGACCGAGCUGCAUGUUCACCUGCUCCUGCCACAAUCACGCGUCCUGCUCGCCGCUCGACGGCUCCUGCAGCUGCAGGGAAGGCUGGCAGGGUGUGGAUUGCUCCAUCCUGUGUUCCAGUGGAACUUGGGGUCUGGGAUGUAACCAGACAUGCUUGUGUGGAAACGGCGCUGCAUGUGACCCUUUAGAUGGAACCUGCGCUUGUUCUCCCGGGUGGAGGGGGGAACACUGCAAUGAGUCCUGCCCGGACGGUACCUUCGGAUUGGAGUGUCGGGAACGCUGUCACUGCGGCCACGCUGACGGCUGCGACCCCGUGAGUGGUCACUGCCGCUGCCACCCCGGCUGGACAGGAAUCCACUGUGACAACGUGUGCCUGCAAGGCUUCUGGGGACCCAACUGUUCAUUCAGCUGUUCCUGUCAGAACGGAGGCUCCUGCUCUCCUGAGGACGGCACAUGUGUGUGCGCACCUGGAUACCGGGGGACUUCAUGCAAAAGAAUGUGUCCAAGUGGCAGGUACGGCAAGGGUUGCGCUGAGAUCUGCCUCUGCACCAACAACGGCACCUGCAACCCCAUUGACGGCUCCUGCCAAUGCUACCCAGGCUGGAUAGGAGGCGAUUGUUCACAAGUCUGUCCCUCUGGGCACUGGGGCCCUGACUGUCUCAACUCGUGCAGCUGUCACAACGGAGCCCAGUGCAGCCCCUACGAUGGGGAGUGCAGGUGCAGCCCCGGCUGGACUGGUCUCUACUGCACACAGAGCUGCCCUUCUGGGUUCUAUGGCAGGGACUGCUCAGAGGUCUGCCACUGCCAGAACGGCGCCGACUGCGACCACAUCACGGGUCUGUGUGCUUGCCGCACAGGCUUCAUUGGGACCAACUGUGAUCAGAAGUGCCCCGCUGGUACAUUCGGAUACGGCUGCCAGCAGCUGUGCGAGUGCCUGAACAAUGCUACCUGUGACUAUGUGACGGGAACCUGUUACUGCAGCUCCGGCUAUAAAGGCAUCCGCUGCGAUCAAGCAGCUCUGAUGAUGGAGGAGCUCAACCCGUACACAAAGAUUAGCCCAGCACGAGGCUCGGAGCGCCAGUCUGCAGGGGCUGUCAUGGGGAUCAUCUUUCUGCUGCUCAUCAUCAUGGCAAUGCUCAGUCUGUUUGUGUGGUACAGACAGAGACAGAGGGACAAGGGCCAUGAGAUCCAGCCAAGUGUGUCCUACACACAGACAAUGCAAAUUAACAACACUGACUAUUCUCUUUCGGAGUGUGGCAGUACUGUGGCGAUGAGAAGCAGUGGAGCUGAAAUCAAUCAGAGCCAGAACAGCAGCAUCAGCGGCAGCAACCAGUGCUUUUCCAACCCCAGCUACCACACCGUGGCUCAGUGUAAUGUCGUCUCAACUAUUUCCAGCAACCUGGAUGGCACUUUGACACUCAAAUCAAGCACCUUAAAAAGCAGAAAUGGUUCUGAGUGGAGAGCCUAUUGUAACAUGAACGGCAUAGAGGUUCAACAGGGCGAAAUACAGACUCAAAGAAGCUCAAGAAAAGAUUACGUCAAGAGUUCCAUGUGUAGCAACAGCUCCUGCUCCCUGAACAGUGAUAACCCUUACGCCACCAUUAGAGACCCACCAGGGCUGCCUUGCAAGCACACAGAGAGCAGUUACGUGGACAUGAAAUCCCCCUCCCACAGAGAAGUGCCCUUUGGCGGCACCGCCACCCUCCUGGGCACUGUGAGCAGGAACGUCUAUGAUGUCGAACCGACUGUAAGCAUUCUGCAGGGACCCAACGGAAUGGCCACCGGCUUCUCCCAGAGUCCCUAUGACCUUCCGUGCAGCAGCCACAUUCCCAGCCAUUACGACAUCCUCCCCAUGCGCCACAGUCCGACGCAGACAGCCCCUCCAUCUCCAGAAGACCCCAGCUCCCUGCUCUAGAGUGCACAUCCUCCACCUGACCCCAACAGUGUGCAGGCAGCUGGGAAAUCAGCUUUCAGCAAACAGCCUUCCCGUUGUUUCUGUGUGUGUUUGAUAAGAAGCUCAGACUGAAAAACAGCUUCUGGAUCCCAGUCUCUUAGGCUCUUUCUCACUCUGUUCUUUCAAAACUGUAUGAAUCUUUAUUCUUUUUUCUCAAGAAGGAGGUGAAGGAGGAGCGAGUGUCCUACACACCAGCGACCAUUCACCCAUUUCAUUUUGUAAAGGGAUGGCUCUGGCUACCGCCUGGCGUGUUUAUGGAGCCGUCGAGGUGGAACAGGAUUGUUCCGAACACCGCAGAAGGCAGAAGCCGUACAUGAAUUGGGUGGACAGUUUAUUUGCAGGAUGAGAGCUGUUCCCUUACUCAUUUUUAUCCCGUGAUAUAGAUAUCAUACUCAAGAGCAGCCAAGUGUUUAUAAUAUCUCUUAAACAGUGAUUGCCCCCGCAGGAGGAAGAUUAUUACAGCCUUGACAGUGUUUGUAAGGAUUUGUAACAUACAGCUACUGCAGCAGAUGCAGAUCACAGUACCUCGAAAAUGAACUCCGAAGUGAAGGAUCGCUGGAGCAAAAGGGAAGAAUUAUCUGUUUUGAAUGUGUAGUCAGAGGACGCAUGAAUGAGUACGAAAUUAACGCAGUGGUUUUGUAGUCACUGUUCAGUAAUUAUGUCACAGUUUAUACUAAUAUAAGCUAAGAUUUCUUGUUAGUGAGGCCGUGUGUGUCCGGACGUGCCCCGGUCCUUGCGUUGUGUUACACUGAGAGACAUCGAGUGCGUCUUAAAGUUUGGAAUAUUUUGACAACAAUAAUGAAGUGCUCCAGUCUUGUGUUGUUUUAUCUGUGUUUUUUUUUUUUUUUUUAUCCGCAAAUGUCUUUUUUUUUUUUUAAAGAAUAGAUGUUGGAAAUAAUUUAUUGCUUUGAACUGUUAUGGUUUGUAUUUAUAAAGCUAAUUACUUUACUUGUUAAUUUAUAUUAACUGAAAAUGUUUUUUAUCAGUGUGAUAUAUAAUAAAAAAAAAGAUGAGCAUGAUCAGAUAAUGAAAGCCACCUUUGUAGAUAAAACACAUUUCCUUGUGAGUUGAGUAGUUUCAUUUUGUGCAUUUUUUUAACUCACAAAAAAAUCUCUUUUUGUCGAUUUGUGAAUAAAAGAAAGCAAAAUUUUCCAUCAGCUAAUGAUGAAAAACACCCUGUGCAGCAUUUACAACAACCAUAUGUAUAAAGUCAAUUUCUACAAAUAUUAUCUUUGUAUCAGGAUAAAUAUUGUUCAUUCUUCAGUGAAUCAGUUUGUUCAUUCAUUAUGUGAAGUCCAACUUACGCCCUGUUGAAGCAAUAACAUGUUGACAAUCGAUGCACAGUAAGUGUUCCAUCAAUGCCGGACAUUCUGCCAUCUUUGACCAGUAUAGUGACGGUUUAUCAGACUUUUUUGUGACUGUUUGUCCUCUUAGUUCCUGUCGUCUCAGAGCUGGUUGUUGAUUUGGUACCUCAGUUUGUUUCAAAUUAAAUGCCCAUUCUGCGUCAGAAA